UUUAAAAAAAUGUCUUUUAUUUUUUUUAAGUGACAUGGAGUGUAGGAAUAAAUAUUCGCUACGAACACUUUAUUCUUAAUGGACUGAUCGGAUACAAACGGAAUAAAGCCUGUAAUUAUAUACAUAUGUAUAUGCAUAUGUAUCAUUACCCUGAGCUUGAUAGAGACACAGCCAGCUAGGUGGGUAGAGUUGAAGAGUGAACAAGAAGUGCAUGCAGAUUGCAGAAGAACACACACCAAGCAUGCAUGUAACAACUCAUGCUCAAAAUGCACUUUCAUCUUAUUUAAUCAAUCAUCUUCUUAACCCUAAAUUUCUCAUUUCCAAUAACCAACACAUUACACAUGCCAUGGCCUCUCUUCAUCCUCAAUUCCCCAUGGUCGUUACUUCCCUUGUUUUUCUUUUCCUUAUUUUCCUUCCAUCCAAAGCAGUCUCACAGUCAGAGGACAUCCCCAUCACCCCAGACCCAACAAUAGCUGAUUGCACCCCGCGGCUGCUGCCACUGACCCCAUGUGCUCCAUUCGUCCAAGGCGUAGCCCAAUCACCGCCACCAUCUUGCUGCGACAACCUCAGGCAACUCUACUUGCAGCAACCUGGCUGUCUUUGCAUCUUUCUCAAUGACACCAACUUGAGUUCUUUCCCAAUUAACAGUACUCUGGCCUUGCAGCUGCCUGCUCUUUGUCACAUUCAUGUAAAGAUCUCUGCUUGUUCAGGGAUUCCUGAAGUGCCUUCUAGUUCACCUGCUUUUCAAGUUCCCCUAGGGGCACAUAACAAUUCUGCUAAAGGGAAACACAUAAACUCUUCUGUUGCUGCUUCUCCAAUGGUUCAAGUGACACCAAGGCCUGUUAUCAUGGGAUUAGGGCUGGGCCGGAGUGCUGGUCGGAAGUUGAAGCCAGAAAGGUUAUUGGUGCUUCUGAUGACUCUGGCAGCUACUUUUCUUACAAAAGCAACACACUCUGUCUAGUUAUGAGCAAGUUGUAGUUUUUUAAGGUUGUUUAUCCUGUAUUGCUACUUACACAGUCUAGUAUUUAGCAUCAUUAUGAGUCAUUAUAACUGGUUUUGAUGUACCUUUACUGCACUUAUAUUCUACUGCUGCACAUUACCCGAAUAAUAUUUAACAGUUUCCUGCAGAUAAAAAUUUACCUAUAUCAAAAUCCUUAACCUUGUAAAAUUGCCAAAGAUACCUCUACUUGGGAACAUAUGUAUCAUGUAGGAAAGGAAUUAAAGAAAAGG